AUAAUAUUUCCGUCAGCUCACUUGCGGAGCUGUAACUUGGCACUCAGUUCAUCUUCAAAUUGAAUAUAUAUCAUUUACCAUUAUUAUCACACGUGUCAUGGAUAUUACCGGUAAUGCGAUUAUUUUCGGGGGAGGUAGUGGUAUCGGACGGGCUACCGCUUUGGCAUUUGCGCAUGCUGGUGCUGCAGGACUCCUGAUUGCAGAUGUAAAUUUGGAAAGGGCUCAAAGUGUGGCUAACGAGACGAGGGCCGCGUCGAUACAACCUAGGUUUCGCGCCGAAGCGGUUCACGUUGAUGUUAGGCUCAAAGACUCCGUGGACUCGGCUUUCCAGGACAUGGUGCAGUCAUUUGGUCGCAUUGACUAUUGCGUCACAUGUGCUGCUGUUCCAAUCAGGACGUUCAAGUCUACUGCGGAUGCCGAUGUCUCCGAAUUCUUGAAUGCACAAAGCGUCAAUGUAAAUGGGUCAUUUUUUGUCAUUCAAGCUGCUCUAUCCAUUAUGAGGUCUCAAGAGCCACGGCCGAACUUCGCAGAGUCACCCUCCCGGGGUAAUACACGAGGAUCCGUGGUAGCUUUAGGAUCUGCACUGUCUAUAGCAGCAGCGCCUGCCUUCGUACAAUACACAACUUCGAAACACGCAGUUGUCGGAUUAGUGAGGACUGCCGCACUUGACAGUAUCAAAGAUGACAUUCGAGUCAACUGUGUUUGCCCAACAUGGGUAGAAUCCAACAUGACCAAGGAGCUUGAACGGGAUAUUCCAGGAAUUGAAGCAUUAAUGGCACCAGGCAUCCCAAUUGGGCGAGUAGGGAGACCCGAGGAGAUAGCUGAUACUGUGCUAUUUCUCUGUAGCCCCAGAGCAAGCCUCAUCACUGGGAGCUCUCUGGUUGCAGAUGGGGGCAUGACCAUCAAUCUAGCAGGAACGGCAUAGAAAUCCCAGGACGACUCUGAGCUUCUUCGGGUCUCGAGUGACUCUUACGCCAGUGCCUUACAUCUAUCAGGAAUAAUAGCCACAAUAGACCCUCGGGGUGGUUAUAAUAGAUCAUAUGGCUAGAUAAAGGGGUAGUAGACCCCCUUAAGAGUUAGAAGGUUUAGAAAUUAAUGGUUUAUUAACCCCUA